UAAAUGCUUUACUUUCACCUUCUUCCGCCUUAAACUUAUUUAGGGUUUCUUCCCAAACUCUCUUCUUUCUUGAACAAUUAUUCACCGAUAUCCUAUUCCUUCCAAUUCAAUUCACCAAUGGGCAAGAAGAAACCCAAGGACCCGCAACAAACUCUUCAAACCGACACCGAUCCACCCCCUUCCAGCAUUUUCAACAAGCUCUUUGGCAACGCGCCGGAACAGGGCACCGCAACCGCUGCCUCUCUAUUUUCCGACGACAACCCUUUUCGGAGAAAACCUGCUCCACUUUCUGACACAACCAACCAAGCUCACAUCCCUAACAACGGCGACGCCGAGAACCGCGAUGCCGGCGACGAGAAAAAACGCAAGAGGAACAAAGAGAAAAUUCCGGCCCUUGAUCCAGUUUCUGUAACCGAUGUUUUGGAUAGCUCGGAGAAGAAGAGGAAACGAGGUUCUGAUGAAGGAAGAGAAGGAGGCCUUGAGUUGGGUGCAGAAGCAAUUGGGAAAAGAAAGAGAAAAAGGGACGAGGUUGAAAGAGAGUGGGAGGAGAAGAGAUAUGGGCCGGUGGAUGAAGUUCAAAAGGAAGGGAUUGAGAGUAAAACUGUUGGGAACAAGAGGAAGACAUUGGAUGAUCCAGCUGAUACGAUGGUUGCAAAGGAGGGUUUUGAUGACGAAGAUAAGCUUUUGAGGACUGUCUUUGUUGGGAAUUUGCCUCUCAAGGUGAAAAAGAAGAUUCUGUUGAAGGAGUUUAAAAAGUUUGGUGAGGUCGAGUCUGUGAGGAUUCGUUCUAUUCCUUUACAAGAUACCAAGAAACCUAGAAAGGGAGCUAUCCUUGCGAAGAAAAUAAAUGAUGCCGGAGAUAGUGUACAUGCAUACAUUGUUUACAAAACCGAGCAAUCGGCACAGGCUUCUUUGUCUCACAACAUGUCACUGGUCGAAGGAAAUCACAUUCGUGUUGAUAGGGCAUGCCCACCCCGCAAGAAACAUAAAGGGGAAAGUGUUCCUCUUUAUGACAACAAGAGAACUGUUUUUGUGGGCAACCUCCCAUUUGAUGUGAAGGAUGAAGAGCUUUAUCAGUUAUUUUGUGGCAUAUCCAACCUGGAAUCAAGUGUAGAAGCUGUCAGAGUUGUUCGAGAUCCUCAUCUUAAUGUUGGAAAGGGUAUUGCUUAUGUGCUAUUUAAAACAAAGGAAGCUGCUAAAUUUGUUAUUAAGAGAAGGAACUUGAAGCUUCGAGACAGAGAGUUGAGACUCUCUCAUGCCAAAGAAGAUGCUACCCCAUCUAAAAGGCCAAACCCAUCGUCAACACAAGGUCAUACCCCUUCUAAAAGGCCAAACAGAUCAUCAACACAAGCUCCUGGUACUCCUGCAAAGAAAUUUUCAGUGGCUUCACGGUCUCCUUCUAGCAGUGUUAACAGAUCAAACAGAAAAGGCAAUGCAUCUUAUCAGGGUCUACGUGCAACCAAAUCAGAUGUGCAGAAGAAAAGCCAGGGUGGAGAAAAGCCAAAACAACGCCUGACAAAGAGACCUUCAGUGGCUGCCAGAAAGGCUAAAGCAAAAUUGCAGGAGAGUGGUGCACAAAAACAAGCAGGGUUAAAACGCAAGCUUGAUACUCGUACUCCAGACAGCACCAUGCGUAAUAAGAAAGUAAAAAAGAACAGGUAGCUUGUUUCUUAUGCGGGGAUUAUUUAGUUCUCUGGUUAGACCUUAGCUAUAGCUUGUUUCUCCAUAGUUAGAGCUUAGCCAUGGAGAAGAAGAUUUUGUAGCAUGGAUUCAAGGCAAUGGGAGAUUUCUCUUAUAGUUCUCAGUGGAUGGACUUGGCACAUUUGAUGGUGACUCAUGAAGAUGAAUCAAGAAAUCAAUGGACAGGGAUUUAACUUUGUCUCGUCAUUUAUUAUUUUAAAUUUGAUAUGUAACUUUAGUUUAUAGUGUGCUUUCAUUGGUAGGUUGUAAUUUUCAACUUUAUGCCUGGUUAUAGGCUUUUCUGCGUGCCCCCUACCUUUGGAAGGAGCAUUUUUCGAUUCUUUCACGACAACUUUUUUUAAUUAUAUUGUUUUAUACAUUAUUAUUGGGCA